AUGAACCUCUCUCAAACCCUCAAAGCGGUUGCAUUCGCAUGGCUGCUUCCCUUAAGAUCAAAUGCCAUCGAGCAGUCACCCUUAGGUGUAGAUUUGAAUGCUUAUCAGUCGGACUUUGGCCCAAGUUUGAUCAGUGCUUGUUUCAGCGCCUGUCAUGAUUUGAGAGCAGAUUUUAGAUCGCAGGUGACGUUCUAUGGCGAAGAGUUGUACGAAGCUGAACUAUCACGUUUCUGGUCUCUUCAACAGUCUCAGACACUCCCGGCAUGCAUCUUCCUCCCCGAGAGCUCACACGAUGUAGCGUCCGCUGUCCAGAUUGCACGAAGAUCGAAUUGUCAUUUUGCAGUCAAGUCAGGCGGACACGCCGCCUUUUCCGGCGCGUCGAAUUCCGAUGGUGGUCUCACCAUCAAUUUGGCGGCAAUGAACGAUAUAACAGUUAAUGAAGACCGAGCAACCGUCUCCGUGGGACCUGGAAACAGAUGGGUGGAUGUGUACCGGCGCUUGGAGAACCUUAAUCGAACAGUCGUUGGCGGUCGUAUAGCGGAUGUCGGCGUUGGAGGAUUGACGCUUGGAGGAGGCAUUUCCUUUUUCAGUAACAUGCACGGCUGGGCUUGCGAUAAUGUUGCAAGCUAUGAAAUUAUUACAGCCUCCGGAGAUGUACUUACUGCUACACCUACUUCUCAUAAAGAUUUGUACUGGGCGCUUCGCGGCGGAGGGAAUAAUUUUGGCAUAGUGACCAACUUCGAACUGCAUUCGUACCCCCAAGACCGAGGGUUGAUGUGGAUUGGGAAGCUGAUGCAUCCUGGUCGUCGGAAUGCGACUCUCAUCGACUCGUUUGUGGAUUUCGGCUUGAAAGGGACGGAUCCCAGCGCUACGAUGCUCUUUAGUAUCGUCUAUCUCCAAAAACAGGACGAUUUCGUCUGUGUUAGUGAAAUGGACUAUGCCGAGCCCCUUGCAGAUGAAGUAGCAUAUCCAGCAGUGUACAAUGCUUUCUUCAAGGUCGGCGGAGUCAUCCAAGAGACAAAAUCGACAAAGACGAUAGUCAGCGUUAUCGAAGACCAUAGCGUUUCAAACCCCAACGGACUGCGUCAAAGCUACUGGACUGCCACAUUCCGCUUAAAUUCAGCGCUGGCGCGGGAAAUCACCGACAUCUGGACACAAGUGGUGAACCCAAUAAAGCAAAAAGUGCCCGGAAUAGUGCCCGUCUUGACAUUCCAGGUCAUCACCACCAGUAUGAUGGAGCACAUGGGUGACAGAAAUGGGAAUGUAUUGGGAUUGGAAGAUGAAAAAGAGCCGCUUAUGCUCGUUGCUCUGAGUGCGAUGUGGAUUGACAUGACCGACGACCAUAUUGUUCUGGAGGCAUAUUCCGAAUGGCUCGCUCGGUCUAAUGCGAGAGCUCACGAUCUGGGACUCGACCAUCGAUAUAUUUACAUGAACUAUGCAAGUCAAUUCCAGGAUCCAAUUAGAGGUUAUGGAGCCGAAAAUGUCGCAAAGCUGCAGGCCAUCGCAGAGGAGUACGAUCCGCAAAGGGUGUUCCAGAGACUACAGCCUGGUUACUUCAAGCUCUAG